AUGAAUUUUGAAAAGAAAAAAGAACAAUUUUCAUCAGAUAAAAUAGAAAAUAAUAUUAGACAAGCAUUUAAUUUUUUAUUUGGAUAAGGAGCUUAUGAAAUAGGAUGUAAAUAAUGUAAUAAAUAAAGUUUUUUAGAAUACUUGGAAAUAAUCCAUUGAAGUUAAAGGAAAAGAAUAUUAUGAUUCAGUUAUAUCAGCUAUAAUGAUUUAAGUAGUUAAAAUAGCUGAUGAAGGAUCUGAUUAACCAGCCACUUAAUAUAUAGAUUUAAUUAUUCUUUUAAUAGAUGGCUUAAUUUUUAACUUAUAUUCAAAAAAUAAAUCCUCUGAUAGAGCUAAAGUUCAUCAAAGUUUAUACAAAACAAGUUAAUAAUCAGAGAUAGCAUUAUAAUCUGGUAAAAUUAUGGAAAGUAUGGGAAAUUAUAUACCUUCAGAUGUUAAAGUCUUUGUUAAAGCUUUAGAAAGAUUAGCUACAAGUUUUGAAUUUUUUGAAUCUAUAGACAUAAUGAUGAAUUAUAAUGAUUCUGAUUAAAAUAAAUUACAACUUAGUCAUUUUGUUAACACUUUAGAAUAUAUUUUAGAAAAAGAAUAAGUAAGUGAUUAUGUUUUAGAUGAAUAUAUUUCAAAUAAAGGAAGAAUUAGUAAAUAUAUAAUAGAAAGAUAAAGUAUGGCAGAAAGAGAUGAAAUUGAUGAAGUCAAUAAGUUGAUAUUUAGCAAUAAAUUAUUAAUUAUUAAGAAACUAUUAUUUGUAAAGAAUGAUACUAUAAAUGUCAAAGAAGUACAUUUUACAUUAGGAAGACUAUAUUUUGCUGCUUAUUCAAAAAAGAGAACUAAUUACAAAAGAUCUUAGUUCUCUUAAUUAAAAUUCUAAGGAGAAGAAAUGAUACACAAUAUAUUUAAAUAAUAUAUUAAUACAUAGACUAAAAGAGAUAUGUUAUUUAAAGAUUAGGAUGAUAGUGAUCCUUUCUUUUAAUUUUUACUCAACUAUAUGUAAUUAUUAUAUUCCCCUGUUUAUUUUGAAUUCUAAUAGUUACUUGAUGAUUUAUUAUUACCUAAUCAUAAAAUGGCUCCACCUAAAUUUUUUGCUACUGUUCAACCUAUUGUGGAAACUUAAUUUAUUGCCUUCUUUGCCACUUUACCCCCUGAUUUACUUAAUCUCCUUGCUUAAUUCAAUUAAACUAUAUAAGAUGCUCCUCAUUUUACAGAUAAUCUUUAAGCUACUUUUCCUGUUAAAAAUUUUUUCAUUUCUAAAUUUUUAUUGAAUCCAAAUUUAAAAGAAUAGUUUAUUAAUCAAGAUUAUAAUAUGGAUCAUUUUAUUACAAUUGCAAAUCUAUUUAAAGAUCUAUUUUUCAAUAAUACUAAUAGAUCAUAUAGUAAUUUACCUUAAUUUUAAGAAAUGUCUUAAAAACUAAAAAAUAUAUUAGAAUCAUAUAUUACUACUUAUGAUAAUGAUGUAGCUAUUGAUAUUUAUAGUUAUUUUAUCACAGAUCCAUUAUUAUAAAAUGAUUAUAAUUUCCUUUACAAUUACUAUCACAAUAAUAUUAAAGUGUUACCAUCAGAUAUUAAGGAUAUUCAUAUGGAUAAAUUUAAUAGUUAUAUGCCUAAAAGAAUUUAUGUGAAAGCAAAUGAGAAAGGAGAAGAUUAAUAAUAAAAAUAAGAAUAAAAAGAUAAUCAAUAAGAAUAAUAAGAUCUUAUUAAUGCAGAUAUGGCAGAUGAUGAUCAUUCUGAAAAAUCUAAAGGAAAAUAAUUUGUUGGUCCAGAUUAUUAAGAAGAUGAAUUUUAAGGAAUAGAAAAAGUUGAAAAGGCAACAUAAACAGAAGUAUAAGAAGAUGAAGAUUUAAAAAAUGCUGAAAAAUUUCAACCUAAUUUUAAUGAAAAAAGUGUUAUAAGUGAUUAAUCAGUAACACCUUUAGAAUAAGAAGAGAAAGAUAAGGUACCUUAAAAAAAGUAAGUAACUAUACCUUAAUAUAAUGAAUAUUAUGAUAUAGAUAUGCGUUAAUAAGAGGAGAAGAUUUAAGAGGAUACACAUAAAUAUUUGGAAGAAAUUUAAUAAUUAAAAAUGUAAAUAGAAGAAAUGAAAGAUUAACAUAGUGAUACUAUGGCUUAAGUAGAAUUUGAUCAUAAUUAAUAAAUUAAGAAGAUGGUAUUUAAUUUAUUUAAUUUUUAAAGGAAUUUGAAUUAAAUCAAUCAAAAUUAAGAAAUGAAAUGUUGGAGAAUGAAGUUAAAUUAAAAUAAUUAGAAAUUGAAUAAAGACAUGAUUAAAUAGAAAAAUUAUUUGAUGAAAAAGUUAAUUUAAGUUAUUAGUUAUAAAAAGCAUUAGAUGAAAAAGAAUUGUUAUAGAAACAUUUUGAAGAUUAACAUAAAGAUUAUAAAGAAUAAACAAAAUAAUUUGAUAUGAAAGACUUAUUAAAUGAAUUCGAUGUCUAUUAAACAUAAAUUAAUAAAUAAAAAAAUGAUCUAAUGAAAGUAGCUAUUGAUCAUGAAAUAUAAUAAACAAAGCAUUACAGAAAAUUAAAUAUUUGA